GCCCUGCCAAUCCAGGAUGGCCUCGUUCUAGCGGCUGCUCCAACAAGACCAGCCGACCCAAGCCAAGGUGCCUCCCCCCAGGUCCGCGGCUCCAUCUUGAUAAAAUUCCCCGCCAAAUCACGGCCAGUGUGGCGCUCGAGCCCAGACCGAGACAAGACGGCGCAGCACAGUGCGCAGCUAAGAGAGCCGGUCCCUUGCUGGUUCCUGUCAUCCACCAUGUGCCAAACACGCGUGCGGGAACGGCUCCCAAGGCCAAGCGCCUCCUCGGCUGGGCUUUGCAGGACAGUCUGAAGAACAGACGGGAGCACGGCGUGCGACAUUCCUGUGAGACUAGAAAGGUUCUUUCGCCCACAGGUUGGUACAUACUUAUCGGCCAAAGACUUGUUCGGCGCGACCGUAUCGCUCAGAUUUACCUUCUUUUACAUAGUUAUCGCCUCUCAAUAUUGUUGAUGUUCCCCUUAUCGAAACCCUGUCCAAACAGGCUGAUUUGCUGCGCCGAACACCACGAGUUCAGCGUCCGAGGGACUUUGCAAUACGAGCUGUACGAACGCACGACUAAACUGUUAGCAUGUGCUUUUUUCUUUCUUUUUCCUCCCCCUUGCCGUGCCUAGCUGCGAGGCGCAAAAUAGUCUGUUUUGUCGGCCAGCCAAUGAUGGACAGGCCAAGAGGGGGCGCCUUUUAGUUCAACGCACUUCCCAAGGAUGGCCUGCCCAGGCAGGUCAGGAUAGAAAGACCAAAGAGCGCCCUUCGUCCUUAUCUC